AUGGGCACGGGGACCGAGGCCGGCCCGUUAGACCUGGGCCAUUUCAUCCCUAACCUGCGCAGGCUCGGUUUCCCCACCAACCGCCUCCCAUCUCGUUUAAGUAGGAGGACGUGCAGGCCUCUGAACAAGGCGGCAUCCUGGGCGGAGGAUCCCCUAUGCUCGCCGCCGCAGGAGUACCUGUCACCGCAAGAGCCAACGAUUAGCUAG